AUGGCGGCGGCUGCGAGGCAGGCCCCUUGGCUCGUGGCCUGGGGCCACAGGCUGCGGCGCGGGCUCGCGGCGGGUCGACGCGGCGUGCCGAACCGGGGCACUUUGGCAGCGGCUGUGGCUGGAAUGGCCCUGGCAGGGGCCGGAGCAGCCUGGCAUCACGGCCGCGCGAGCGUGGCGGCGCGCGAGGGCAGCCUGUCGGCGUUGGCACAGAAAAGUGACUGUGAAGCAAUAGAAAAAGUAAGCCUUCGUAAACAGCGGUUUAUGCAGUUUUCUUCACUGGAACAUGAAGGAGAAUAUUAUAUGACACCAAGGGACUUCCUCUUCUCAGUAAUGUUUGAUCAAAUGGAACGUAAAACUUUACUAAAAAAGCUAUUCCACAGGAAUACAGUGACUGGCUUAGACCAGUCAGUAUCUGUUUCCAAUGGAAAAGGGCUUAUUUCAUAUACUGAGUAUCUUUUCUUGCUUACAAUCCUCACUAAACCUCAUACAGGGUUUCAUGUUGCUUUUAAAAUGCUGGAUGCAGAUGGGAAUGAGAGGAUUGAGAAAAAGGAAUUUGUUAAGCUGCAGAAGAUUAUAAGCAAACAAGAUGACUUCAAGACAAUGAAAACUAAUGAAACAGAAUGCCAGGAACCAACAGUUAAAGAACCUGAAAUGAAUACAACUCUUCAAAUGCGUUUCUUUGGGAAAAGAGGAGAAAGGAAACUUCAUUAUAAAGAAUUUCGAAGGAGCAUUAGUUUGGAUGAGUUCAAGUCAUUUUGCCAUUUUACCACUCACUUGGAAGAUUUCGCUAUCGCCAUGCAAAUGUUUAGCUUAGCUCAUCGUCCUGUUAGAAUGGCGGAGUUUAAGAGAGCUGUGAAGGUAGCAACAGGACAAGAGCUCUCCAACAACAUUUUGGACACCGUUUUCAAGAUCUUUGACUUGGAUGGUGAUGAAUGCCUGAGUCAUGGAGAGUUUCUUGGGGUGUUAAAAAACAGGAUGCAUCGAGGUUUAUGGGUACCACAACAACAGAGUGUACAAGAAUACUGGAAAUGUGUGAAGAAGGAAAGCAUUAAAGGAGUAAAAGAAGUCUGGAAACAAGCUGGAAGAGGCCUUUUUUAGAGAUAAUGUAGCAGUUAUGUUAUUCCACAUGACAGGAUUUGGGGAUUGGUUUUUCAUAGUACAAGCAGCUUUUGUUAAAUCUUCAUUGACUCCCUUUGUAAUGUAAAGAUGCCUUCUGAUUUAAUACUCUGUUGAUAAAUUUCCGUUAAAUGACAAUAAAAGGAAAAGAGCAUAUUCAUUUACAAAAUAGAUUGGAUCCUGUCAGAUCGAUAUUGGAAGUAAUGUUUUGAGCUUUGGUAGGAUGGAAAGCAUAGUUACUCUCUGACUUCUUAGGUUAGAUCACAUGUGCUUUCUGAAAGGUUGAAUAAAUGUUUGUGAGAAAAAGCAGUGGAUGCACAAUUCCAGAUAUUAUGUGGGUCUGAUAGAGUAAAUGAAGUUUCAGAUUUACUAAAAGUUGUUAUCAUCUUUAUCAUCUCAGAAAUUUCUCAUGUUUUAUUUCAGUUAAUAACGUAGCCAUGUCUUUGUUGUCUUUAAUGUAUGUCUCUACAUCUUAUCUGGAAGCAGAAUAAAGUAAUUAUACAGA